AUGUCGCUCUACGAGCGAUCGCUGACACGGAGGAUGUUGGGCCGCGGACGCAGCGGACGCAACGCGCGGAGCUUCAGCAAAAACUUGGCCGUGCAGGCCUUGCUGAGAAAACAAAAGGCCACCAGCAAGCCGUUGGCCCGGCGCAUCUCUGAGGUGCGUCGGGGCUCGUUGGCCUAUCAGCUGCAGUCCUUUGCACGCGACGUUGGCGCUGGCGCUGGCCCUGGCGCCAGCAGCGUGACGCUGGGAGCUGGCGGCUCCAUCGCGGUCACCCACUAUGCGCCGGUGGCCAAGCAGCGCCGCAAGAUGCGCGGCAACACCAAGCCCCGGGUGCGGGUGACGUCGCACCAGGAGAGCUUGGUGCCAGAGGUGCCAAAGCCCACCAUUCGGCCCAAGUUCGAUGGCUGGACCAAGCAAGAGCCGGGUCAAGGUGUAGUCCUGUCCCCGCGUCUGCGGAGGGCGCUUCUUUGGGAUGAAGAGGCCGCCCCACAACCCGCUGCACCCUUUCGGCCGCCGCCCGCGGCGCCGGCGCCGGCGCCAUCGGCAAAGAGCGCGGUCGUGGCAGCGCUGGCGGCACAGAGCCCGGGCGAAGCAUCGGUGACGCAGGAGGCUCCACCACCACCGAGCACCAUGAAGGAAGGUGCAGCCCCCGACGCCGAAGCCGCUUUGGAGCUGGCGAAGAAGAUGCCGCUGCUGCCCGCGAGGAAAAUGGCCGAAAUUCCCGUGGACGAGGCCAGCGCUCGCUUGAGGAUGAACCUGAUGCUCUUCCAGCGCAGUCGAGGCGAUUCACCAGGCCCUCCCAUUGCUCCAAGGCAGCCUUUGCCCCAGCUGACCACCACUCCCAGGCUUCCCGGGGCAGACGCCGCUGUCAACGCUGACGCGCCGAAGAAAGCGGUCCCCGCCAUGCCGCAGUUCUCGAGUUUGAAGGGCGGCUUCACUCCCAUGGGAGGAAGGUGGCCUCAAAGUGCCAGAGAAAGUGCAAGCAGGACAGAAAUGGACUCCAGCGAAGUCAGUCAAAAGGCCAAAGAGAUGCUUUACUACCUGCAGAGCUUCGACCGUGCGCCUUUGCAGCGGUUGAGGGACCGCGCGCCAAGACGGAACCAAGGAGACCCAACGGGGAUGCAGAGGCGAAAGCGGAGCAUUUGCCGCCCAUCACAAAGGAAGGUGGACGCGUAUCAUCACAGGCUGCGGCAUGGGCGCAGUUCUUGGAAGAGCGCUUGGGACGACAUCUGA